AGUAUACGUUUUGUUUUGGUAGCUUUCGCGCUGAAUGUGUUUUUCAGAUAUUUUUCAGUACCUGUGUACAGUAAAUAAAUUUUCAAAAAGCAAAAUAUAAUUUGCAUAACAUACAGAAGUAAAUUAGAGUAUGAAGCCAGCGCAUUAGAUUUGAAAUAAAACUAGAAAUCAUUGCAUGGAAAAGCAAUAACUCAGAAGACUGCAAGUUUGACUGAUGUCAUGAAUCGCUAUACUGUGAGUUCGCUGAUAGGCGAGGGCUCCUUUGGGCGCGUAUACAAGGCCGUACGCAAGGAGGAUGCACAAGUGGUGGCAAUAAAAGUGAUUUCUAAGCGCGGUCGCAGCAGUCGCGAGCUGAAAAAUCUCCGUCGCGAAUGUGAAAUACAGGCGCAUCUUAAACACCCAAAUGUGAUUGAAAUGUUGGAGUCAUUUGAAACGAAAAAUGAUUUGAUUGUUGUUACUGAAUUUGCACUUGUCGACCUGCACCGCUACCUGGCUCGGAAUGGAGCUGUGUCGGAGGAGAGGGCGCAGCGUCUAAUUUGCCAUUUAGUGUCAGCACUUUAUUACCUACACUCGUAUCGCAUAUUACAUCGUGACCUAAAGCCACAAAAUGUUUUGCUCAAUGAGGAUUUGCAUGCUAAGCUAUGCGAUUUUGGUUUAGCACGUAAUAUGACUAUGGGCACGCAUGUGCUGACCUCCAUCAAAGGUACACCGUUGUACAUGGCACCGGAGUUGUUGGCUGAGCAGCCAUAUGAUCACCAGGCGGACCUAUGGUCACUGGGUUGUAUUUCAUAUGAAUGCAUGGCAGGUGCGCCACCUUUCUGCACAACGUCGAUAUUGCAUUUAGUGAAGCUGAUCAAGCAUGAAGAGGUGAAGUGGCCAAGCUUUUUAAGUAGUGACUGUCGAUCGUUUUUGCAGGGAUUGCUAGAAAAGGAUCCAUCGCUACGCAUAUCUUGGACCCAAAUACUUUGCCAUCCCUUUGUUGAAGGCAAACUCUUCAUUGCCGGCAUUAAGGCAAAUAAUUCGCCAUUCACGAAUCCACAAAAACAAAAAAAUUCCAAAAGUUCGCGUACCCAACGAACCAGCUCUAAGUCAGACGACCUUUCGAAACAAAUCGCCUCUAUGAGCCUCACAAGCGCAUCACUUUGUACAAAUGAUAAUAUGACUUCCUCACGUGACAGUAUUAAUGCGAUACCGCCUAGCGAUAUCGAGAAUCUCGAAACAGAUGUUGAGGAAAACAUCAACACUGUUACAGUACCAUUCGCUGAACAAUCUUACAAGGAUGAGUCAGUUUUGAAAAACCAAAAAGGGGAUAUUGCUGUGCCGCACUUCAAUAUUGUGACGGAAGCCGCCGCAGCAGCACCCGUGAUUAAUUCGCAGACUUGCUUUGUCAGCGGCAAUACGAACAUGAUACUCAACCAUAUGAAUGAUAAUUUUACGUAUGCUCUAAACGCAACAAAUUCAUCACCACCACAGCAAACGCAUCAGCAACAACAAGACACGCAUUUGGUUACAAAUGCAAAUGUUAAAGUAUCACGAAGCAAGGAUUUGGAGAAACGAAAGUUGAGCCAGAAUUUGGACAAUUUCUCACUACGCCUGGGACAAUGCGUCGAUGUUGAAGCACGCAAAACGACUGAUCGCAGAGAAAAGGAUAAGGACAAAGACAAGGAAAAAGAACAAAAGUUUAGCAAGAAUAUGACACACUCAGCAGAUGAGAAACGCAGCACUGAAAAUUCACCGCCUUGUCUGCUGCCUGGCUGGGAUUCAUGCGAUGAAUCGCAAAGCCCGCCAAUCGAAAAUGAUGAGUGGUUAGCGUUUUUAAAUCGCACCAUACAGGAGGUGCUAGACGGUGAAUUGGAUUCUUUAAAGCAACACAAUUUGGUAAGCAUCAUAGUGGCCCCGUUACGUAAUUCGAAGGCCAUACCUAAAGUGGUGGAUAGUGUGGCGCAGCUCUUAUCGCUGCCAUUUGUGUCUGAUGAAUCUCCAUGCGUUGUUGAGUUGAUACAAAAUGUUUACAUCGACGUAAAACUCGUGCCAAAUCUCAUGUAUGCUUCCAAAUUGUUAAUAUGCCACAAUGGCACCGAUGAUUCGAGCGCUUCGUUGCCUCAAUCACAUGCUGGACGGACAGUGCGUUCUGUGGCAGAACUGAAUAGCGAGGAGAUACGCACAACUUCGCGUCUUUAUGAAUUGAUAUGCCACCUUGUGCAUUUGAAGCAGCAGUUCCUCUCGCAGUUCUGCGAUUCAGUGGCCAUAUUAGCGGCAAAUGAUUUGCUGAUUAGCUUGCUGCGUCAUGAUUUUAAAAAUGCCAACGCUGUGCGCAUCUCAAAUAGUAUAUUAGGUCUGCUGACAUGCGUAUUGCGUGAGUUGCCGGAGAAUGCGAAUUUAGUGGAACAAGUCAUAUUUAGCAGCAAAUUAAAUUUGCUGGCGCUGUUGGGUAACACCGAUGAUUUGAUUCGCAAACGCAUAUGCAUGCUGUUCCGCUUAUUGGCGCGCUUCAGUCUCCGUGGUAUACAAAAUGUUUGGUGUACAGAGAUAAAAAAUGCAAUUGCAGGUUUGGCCGAUGAUGACAAUGCGGAGGUACGAGAGAUUGCCGAAAGUACCUUGGAAGAGUUGCGACAUUUUACUUUCUAUGCUUAAAAUGUGUACAUGAAGAAUUUAUUGCAUUACGCUUCAAUCAAUACACAAUGAGAUUUUAAUUUAAGUUACAUGUUUGCUAUUUUUUAAAAUAAUUUUUACAGCAAGCAUAUUUCACGUUUUUUAUAAAACCCAUCAUACGACAGAAUGUACGGAUUCACAUUGAAUUAAGUUAGUUUUUUACAUUUUUUGUACGUUGCUCUGGACUGUUUCGACUAAAUAAACUAUUUUGAAAAUA